AUGUCCUUGUCUUCGAGAGCCACGUUAGUCGUUUUGUGUUGUCUGUUCAUGUUGAUUCCAUCUUUUACGACAGCAGCAACAGAACAAGGACUUCAUGCUAGAUCUAGAUGUGAAUCUUACAGCUUCAACAACGGAAAAAGCUUUCGCUCUUGCACGGAUCUUUUGGUGUUAAACUCUUAUCUACACUUUAAUUAUGCUCAAGAAACCGGAGUUCUUGAAAUUGCAUACCAUCACUCCAAUCUUGAGUCUUCUAGUUGGAUAUCGUGGGCUAUAAACCCGACAAGCAAAGGCAUGGUGGGAGCUCAAGCACUCGUGGCUUAUCGAAACUCAACUUCUGGUGUCAUGCGUGCUUAUACUUCCUCCAUUAAUAGCUACUCUCCUAUGCUUCAAGAGUCUCCUCUUAGCCUUCGUGUAACACAAGUAUCCGCUGAGUAUUCUAAUGGAGAGAUGAUGAUAUUUGCAACUUUAGUCUUGCCUCCUAACACAACCGUCGUUAAUCACUUAUGGCAAGACGGUCCGUUGAAGGAAGGAGAUAGACUUGGAAUGCACGCAAUGAGUGGUGAUAAUCUCAAAUCCAUGGCUUCUUUGGAUUUGCUUUCCGGACAAGUCACAACCACAAAAUCAGUUAACAGAAACAUGUUGUUGGUAAAACAAAUCCAUGCAAUAGUGAAUGCAUUGAGCUGGGGGAUUCUCAUGCCCAUCGGAGUUAUGGCUGCAAGAUAUAUGAAGAAUUACGAGGUAUUAGAUCCCACAUGGUUCUAUAUACACGUUGUUUGUCAAACCACGGGUUAUUUUUCCGGUUUGAUCGGAGGAUUAGGAACAGCAAUCUACAUGGCGAGACAUACCGGGAUGAGGACUACACUGCAUACCGUGAUAGGAUUACUUCUGUUUGCUUUAGGGUUUUUGCAGAUACUUUCGCUCAAAGCAAGACCGAACAAGGAUCAUAAAUACAGAAAAUACUGGAACUGGUAUCAUCAUACUAUGGGAUACAUAGUGAUUGUACUAAGCAUAUACAAUAUCUACAAAGGCUUGUCUAUUUUACAACCCGGAAGCAUCUGGAAAAUCGCCUAUACUACCAUAAUCUGUUGCAUUGCAGCGUUUGCGGUUGUGAUGGAAAUUUUACAGUUUAAGAAGAGAUGGGCUAGAUUGUUCUUCAAGAAAUCCAAAGACGUAGAAGCUGAUCAACCCACUGUUUCCGUUGAUGUGAUCGGAGAGACGGAAAAGGCGGAGAGGAAAAAGGCGAGCGGCGGAAUUGAAAUUCAGAUUGAAAACUAUAAUAUAACGAAGAACUUCAUGAUCCCCUCAGUUUUUGUUAUUUCUUAUCCACAUACUUCUCCGCCGCUUCUAGCCUUUCAUUCCUACCACCAUCCGUCUACUUCCAUCGCCGCCACCGCCGCCUGA